AUGAUACAUUGCAAGGCUAGCUCGGUGGCCCAGCCACUGGCCCAGGGUGCUACGGAACCUGCCAUCACUUCUGCCCUUGGACGUGAAGUGCACACCAUCAGCAUCACAGGCAACAGGGAGCUGCGAGCCAGGUCCUCCGUGCUACCGGCGGGAAAGAGCAGCUUGGUGGACGGAGUCCAGCUCACCGGAAGUAUUGUUGAAGACGUGCUGCAAGAGCUCUUUGGUGGUGGAAAUUCAAGCCAACUUUUUGCUCUCGAGUUCCCGGGAAGGAUCCUUGAUGAAACGACCUACAAGUUUGCUGUGGAGGACGCAUAUGCCGACAUGGAGAAGCCACAGCCGGUGCUGGAGGCUGAGUUCGCCCUGUCGGACGGCAUGCUGGACGUCGCUGAGGUCGUGGGUGGCCCAAAUGGCAGCAAAGUAUCCGAAGUUUAUGAGCAGGCGCUCAACACGCUGAUGCCAGCCUUUGGAAAGAACAACGCGAGGUUUCAGCAGGACAAGAAGGCUAUCCGAAGCUGGCUGCUCGAGAAGGUCUCAACGCAAAUUAUCACCAUUAAUUCAAAGACGGGAGAUGUUGUGGCCCAACCCCUCACCUUGACACGCAUGGAACUUUAUGUCCUUCUGAACGACAGGUACCUUACCGAGAAGCUACGUUGGCAGGAGGAGAAGAACGAGAAGAGGGAUGAGUUCUUGGCCAAGGAAGGUUGGACUCGUCAGCGCGCGCUGGACGCCUGGGCCAAUUGGGUUUCAGAGACUGCGCCAGUGCGUGACGCCAAGAUCCAGGCCAGGUAUCAGGACCUUGUGGCACAGGGCCUGAUGCAUGAGAUCAUGACCGGCUUCUCCUACCUGGACGUCGAGAGCUCAGGGGAGCUGCUGGAGCGGACCAAGCAGAACAUGCGGCAGAGCUCCCUCAGCUCUCUCGACGAGAGCAGCGUCAUCUACCCGGUCACUUUCUCGCCGGUGGAUUGGGCCGUUUCGCUGGACAGCAAUUUCCAGCCGGAGGACCUGCUCGCUCAGCCUGAGGCGCUCGGAAUGAAACUGAGCGGGCUGGAGCCAGACUUGGAUGACGCGACCAACGCGCUCGCAAUGUUUGAGCUGACUGCCAAACCGGAUCUGAAAACCCUGAAAGAGGAGCUCGAGAAAGCGCGCCCGAGAGCUGACAACGCUCAGGCCGGCCUGAUCAAGCAGUACGGCAGCGCUACAAUCGCCAUCGUCCAGAUGGCCGAGUUCACGUCAGCCCAGCGUGCCCUCGCGGUCUCCAUGGCUCAAGAGGCGGAAGGGGAGGUUGUGAAUGUCGAGGCGUCUAAGACCAAUCUGCAGAACAAGAUUCGCCAGCUCAACGGAUUUCGCGCCCCUCAUCAAGAGUACGACGCCGCUGCAGACAAGGUGUCCAAAGCGAGCGAGGCGGCAAAGGCCGCGGCCACGACGGAGCUGGAGGCCGCUAAGACUGCGCUGAACAACGAGCGGAACAAGACGCUCGAGACCGACCCCGCAAUGAAAGAUAGAGUUCCGAGUUUGACUCCUGAAGAUGUCCCGGACUACACCGCGUUGAAAACCGAGCCGGAGAAGGCGGAGGCCGCGAAGAAGCUGACGUCAGUCUUCAAGAUACUCCGCCCAGAGAGCGCCGCCGAACUGACGCCGUCCAAGCCGGAGGGCCCCGUCAGCCGCUUCAUGGACGUGAAGAUGUUUUUUCAGAGCGAUCGGGAGAGUACCAGCACUCUCACAGCGAGCUCUGCAACGCACACGAGCUGGAGCACGAGCUUCUUCUUCGGCAGCGGGGGAGGCUCGUCUGACAGCGCCAGCAGCAACUUUGCCAAGGAUUUCAAGGCCGAGCGUGCCAAGUUCGACCUCGGGUUCCGAGCGACCAAAGUGACCAUCAACCGGGGCGGCUGGUUCAACCCCUCCGCGCUCAAGGAGAAUGCUGACGUCUGGAGUAUGCGCAACAGCCGUACGCGCGUCACGGCCUCGGGUCCCACGACCCGCGUCACGCGCCCCUCUGCCAGUCUCCCUGAGAAGGAGUACAACGACGCACUUGCCCUCUUUAACGCCAAUAAAGAGGCGUACACGACGCAGCUCGAAGCGGCCCAGAAAGCCAUGUUCCCGGCCUACCCCGUCGCGAUCGUGGUCGCCAAAGACAUGACGAUCAAGAUCGAGAUGGACGCAAAGACGUACGGGGACGCGCACUCCUUCCUGGAGAGCAGCAGCACGUCCGGGGGCGGCUGCUUCUGCUUCAGUUAUUCCAAGUCUUCCAGCAGCAAGUCCGCCACCGACUCAACCUACAGCUUCCACGACGGGAAGAACAUGGUGAUUAAGAUCCCCGGGCCGCAGAUCUUGGGCUGGUUCCUGGAGUUCACCGGGCAAACCGCGAACUUUGAAUUCCCGGAGUAUGGCAACGGGACGGAUGCGAACUCGGUGGAGUCGCUCCUGCCCAGAGGCAACAACGCCAACGGGAAGGUUUAG